ACUUAAUAACUAUCUUUUUACUUUACACUAUCGAGCGACAAUUUUUACUUUUCAAACCUUUUUUCUUUUUAUGCAAAAAGGCAUCGAUUAAGUGUAUUUUUAUCAAAAUCUAAGUAGAGUGAAUUAUCCUAAACAUUUACUAAAAUGCGCAGCUUUUCUCUAUGUACAACCUUUUCUACAAAACAUACUGUACAACAAUGAACGUAGGACUUUCUAAAUUGCCAGUAGAAAUGACAAAUCAAAAAACUCCGUUAGUUUUCGAAGUAUUCGCUGAAUGUCAAACUACAAAAGCCAGAACUGGCAGGAUGACACUUGUUCAUCAUCAUGUGGAUACGCCGGUAUUCAUGCCAGUGGGAACUCAGGGAACAUUAAAAGGAUUGCUGCCUCAACAACUGGAGCAAUUGAAUUGUCAAAUCAUUCUUGGCAAUACCUAUCAUCUUGGAACUAGGCCUGGUGCAGAUGUCCUGCGUAAAGCUGGAGGUUUGCAUAACUUUAUGAAUUGGAAAAGAGCCCUUUUAACAGAUUCAGGUGGUUUCCAAAUGGUUUCGUUGUUACACCUAGCCGAAAUAGCAGAAGAAGGUGUUAAGUUUAAAUCACCAUAUAAUGAAUCUGAGUGCAUGUUAACACCGGAACAUUCAAUUCAAAUCCAAAAUGCGAUUGGUGCUGACAUAAUUAUGCAACUUGAUGAUGUUGUUAAAAGUACUUUAACUGGACCAAGAGUAGAAGAAGCAAUGCAUAGAACAACACGUUGGCUAGAUCGUUGUUUAUCAGCACAUGAAAGAUCAAAUGAGCAAAGUAUAUUUCCAAUCGUGCAAGGUGGUUUAAAUCCCGAACUACGAUCCGAAAGCGCACGACAAUUAAUUAAGCGAAAAGUGAAUGGAUAUGCCAUAGGAGGCUUAAGUGGUGGGGAGAGUAAGGACGAUUUUUGGAAAAUGGUCCAUCUAUCAACAAAUAUCCUUCCAAAAGAUAAACCGCGAUAUCUUAUGGGUGUUGGAUUUGCAGUUGACCUAAUUGUAUGCAGUGCGUUAGGAAUCGAUAUGUAUGAUUGUGUAUUUCCAACGAGAACAGCUAGAUUUGGUUGUGCUUUGAUACAAACGGGACAGCUCAAUUUGAAGCAAGCGCAGUUUAAAAAAGAUUUAAUACCGAUAGACAAAUCAUGCGAGUGUAGCACUUGUAAGACUUACACACGCGCUUAUCUGCACCAAAUCGCUACAAUAGAAACAGUAUCAUGUCAUCUGUUAACCGUUCACAAUGUCGCGUUUCAAAUGAAGCUAAUGCGAGACAUCAGAGACAGUAUAAAAGAACAAAGAUUCCCUAGAUUUAUACAGGAAUAUAUGUUGGCAGUUUACCCCAAUAAGGACUAUCCAAUAUGGAUAAUUAAUGCUUUGGAGGCUGUCAAUGUUACUCUAUUGUAAAACUAAAAUUUUUACACUAAUAUAACUAAUUUAUUCCUACAAUUUAUUCUUUUAAUUAUAUUAAGGUGUGAUACACAGUAAUAUAUAUAAAUGCUUGUUACCCCAUGUAUAUAGGCAUAAGUCUGAUAAUAAUAUCAUUUGUUAUCAAUAUACAAUAUGAUCAUGGAUUAAGCAGUACCAGUGUUUUGAAAUUUAUAAAUAAAAAAUCAAUCUUCUAUUA